AUGUACAUCGAUAGUACGAGCCACGCCAAGAGUGAGGCUGCCACUUUUGCCAUUCGUUCUGGACGCCAGCAACAACAACACUAUUCGCCUUUGGAGCUAUAUGAUAGACGUGUCGUUGAGGGACGAUUGAGAAAUGAUGAAUUCCAAAGAGGAAUUUUGACGAGCGUGCAGGACUUGUACGAAAAGUUGACCCAAUAUAAGCCGCCAAAGGUUGCCAAGCCGGACAUUUCCAGAUCCAGAUUGAGCACAAAAUCAGAAUCCAUGUUUGGCAUUCCAAAAUUUGUGUCCUCCUGGUUUACGACCAUAGAGAAAGAAGCCGGUUUGGAGAAAAAGCAAGAAGUUGACAUCCCUCAUGGGAUAUAUUUAUACGGCGAUGUCGGAUGUGGUAAAACCAUGCUAAUGGACCUGUUCUAUGACACAAUUCCUCCGCAUUUGACAAAAAAGAGAUUGCACUUCCAUCAGUUCAUGCAGCGUAUCCACAAAAGAGCACACCAGUUGAAAGUGCUGCACGGUCACAGAGAGGACAUCGACGUGAUGCCGUUCUUAGCUUGGGAGUUAUCCGAACAAGCAACUGUUUUGUGUUUUGAUGAAUUCCAGGUUACCGACGUGGCAGAUGCAAUGUUGCUGCGUAGAUUACUUAAUCUAGUGUUGAGAAAGGACCACGGUUUGGUUUUAUUCGCAACCUCAAAUAGAGCUCCAGACGAUCUUUAUAUAAAUGGUAUUCAAAGAGAAUCGUUCAUCCCGUGCAUACAGUUGAUCAAAAAAGUGACUCAUGUCAUUUACUUGAAUUCUCCUACUGAUUACAGAAAGAUUCCUAGACCAAUAUCGUCUGCCUUCUACUUCCCCAAGCCUGGUAUCUCGUACCUUUCAAAGUCGUGUAAAAAGGAAAGAGAAGAUCAUGUCAACAACUGGUACAACUUCUUCAGUCAGGGGCACCCUGCUGAGUCAAACAUCCCAUUACGUGUUUGGGGUAGAGAUUUGAUAGUUCCAAAGGCGUCUCCACCGUAUGUUGGACAAUUUACAUUCAAAGAAUUGUGCGGCGAACCUUUAGCAGCAGGCGAUUACUUGACGUUAGCAACCAGUUUUGAAUCCAUCAUAGUCACAGACAUACCCUAUUUAACCAUCGACCAGCGUGAUGAGGUCCGGAGAUUUAUCACCUUUCUUGACGCGGUGUACGAUAACCAUACACGAAUUGCAGUCACUGCAGCUGCUCCGUUCCAGGAUAUUUUUGUGGAACCAGAAAACUUGGGUACUAGUGUUUUUGCACUGUCGAAUAAAACGCCUCAAGAAAUUGACGAUAAACUUGAAAAUGACACUCUGGUCACACAGCAUGGAUUCGAUAAGAAAAUCGCCAAAAAAGCGUUUAUGUUUGCCCAUUUGGAUGAGGAAAGGUUUGCCUUUGCAAGGGCAUUGAGUAGAUUGACCCAAAUGAGUACCCAGAGUUGGAUUGAUGAUGUUAGGCCAAGAACGAAGAAUUAG